AUGACGACGCCGCGCAUCUUAAUCUAUUCCGCAACAGCAGGUUAUCGACACGACUCGAUUCCCACUGCGAUUUCGGCGCUCCAAAAGCUAGGAGCGCAGCACAAUAUUGCGUUUGACCACACGGAGGACAGGUCAAAGUUUGAAGACGGCUUCUUGUCGCAGUUUGACGCACUGCUCUUCCUGAGCAACUCGGAGGAAGUUUUGGAUCAAAAUGGGCACUACCUCGAUGCUGGCGGCAACUAUGUGGGCAUUCAUGCCGCAUCUGCUUGUCUCUAUACGUCGUCGUUUUAUAACAGGACCGUUGGAGCUCUCUUCGACUAUCAUCCUCCGCUGACGAAUGCUACCGUGGUGGUGGAAGACGCGAAUCAUCCGAGCACGAGCAUGCUGCCCACCCGCUGGGAGGUCGAGGACGAGAUGUACAAUUUUCGAAGUGACCCUCGAACCCAUGGCGCAAAAGUGAUUCUAUCGGUAGAUGAGAGCACGUAUACGGACAAUGGAACGAGGACGUAUGACCAGGGCACUCCGCAUCCCAUUGGUGACCUAUUUUUGUCUUGA